GUCCUUGCUGAUUGAGCUAAGCUGGCUAAGACUCAUCGAGAGAAGAUGUGCGAACUCCACACUCUGCGAAACGAUACAGAAUUCCUCGAGCACGACUGGCUCACAGUGUUGCGCACAGGAUCUCUGCAACGACGGGUUGGUACCUACAACCCUUGCCCCAACCACUACAACCAGGCCAACCACGGUUGUAACAACAAUAACAACAACUGUACCAACACCGACACCAACCACCGUCACAACGACCACAACAAACCCAACAACAAACGCUCCGACAGACGACAGAUAUGUUAUUUACAUCGUGGUGAUAGGCGUCCUGGCUGGCCUUCUUGUCAUCGUGACGAUCGUCGCUGUUUGCUUCUGUGUGAAGUACAGGAAAACUGUCAACAAACCAAACCCUGUAAUACAGGUGCGGGAGUACGAACCGGCUAAUAACAACCAAAAUAUUGACACGAGCUUCUCAGACAUCAAGAGCACGAAGUUUGAUUACGCAUAUCGUCCUUACAUGCCGUAGCUGAACGUGAGGAAAUAGAACAUUGGUUGGUAA